AUGAUUAACUGUAUUGGAAUUCUAUUCUGUAUCCUUCAGAUCGUCUUAGGUCAACAAAAUAACAUCACCCUCUAUGCAACCAAUCUGUCAAAUUUCCAAUAUCGAGGUAUAAGCAUAGGUGGUUGGCUCGUUCUUGAACCAUACAUCACCCCAUCCCUAUUUCAGAACACUUUACUUCCAAAUGAAACCGAUGCUGACCUUCCCAUUGACGAAUACCAUUUCUGCAAGAAACUUGGAUCAAGUGAGGCUGAGAAACGAUUAACGCAGCAUUGGGAACAAUUUUAUAAUGAAACCGAUUUCCAACAAAUAAAGAAAUCAGGAUUGAAUUUGGUACGACUCCCAAUUGGAUAUUGGUCAUUUGAGAAACUAGCCAAUUUUGAUGAAUAUGUCAUGGGGGCUCAAGAUUAUUUGGAUAAAGCAAUUCAAUGGAGUUUUGAAAAUGAUUUAAAAGUUUUAAUUGAUUUACAUGGGGCUCCAAAUACUCAGAAUGGAUUUGAUAAUUCUGGAUUAAGAAAUAUUGGAUAUCCAGGUUGGCAAAAUAAAACUGAAUAUGUUGAUUUCACUGUUAAGGUUUUGAAAAAGAUGUAUCAAAAAUAUGGGACUGGAGAUUUUGCUGAUAAGUACGGCAGUACAAUUUUGGGUAUUGAAGUUUUAAAUGAGCCAUAUGGUCCGGCAUUAGAUAUGAAUAAGGUAAAAGGGUUUUAUAUUGACACUUAUAAUGAUGCAAGAGAGAUUCAGUGGAUUGAGAAUACAAUCAUGUUUCAAGAAGCAUUCCAACCAAUUGGAUCCUGGAAAGACUUCUUGCAAAAUGGGACUGUCUACUUGAAGGCUACCAAUUCUUCAAGUAACGCAACUAUCAUCAAAAAGGCUACAUUCAACAACGUCCUUAUAGAUCAUCAUCAUUACGAAGUCUUUAGUGAUCAAGUUGCAUCCAAUAUAACCACACAUUUACAGAACAUAAAAGAUUAUGCAGGUUCAGUUGGAAACGAAACCUAUCCUUCAAUAGUUGGAGAAUGGUCAGCUGCACUCACAGAUUGUGCUCCUUGGUUGAAUGGGAUUGGAUUAGGAACAAGAUAUGAAGGUACACCACCCUAUGAUAACCAAAAAGUAGGAAAUUGUUCGAGUAUGCUCAAUCCUGAGAAAUUAACCAAGCAACAAAAGAUCGAUUAUAGGAAAUUUAUAGAAAUGCAAUUAUAUGAAUAUGAGACGAAUUCGCAAGGGUGGAUAUUUUGGUGUUGGAAAACAGAGGUUACAGAAACAUUUGAAUGGGAUUUUAAGGCAUUGGUUAAGUAUGAUUUUAUGCCUCAACCUUUGAAUAAUUAUAAAUAUAUAAAGAAUGGAGUUGAUGUAAGUUCUUCUUCCAAGUAUAGACACGAUUGGAUUUUCUUUAUAGGAAUUCAAACAAUCAUUGCUUUGAUUGUUUUAUAG